AUGUCAUUGUCAAAGCUCCAGGGAAUCAAACUCCCCGCCGCGGCAGACUUUCACGUCCACCUUCGCGAUGGCGAUAUGAUGGAACUAGUGACACCCACUAUCAGACAAGGUGGAGUAAACACUGUUUAUGUCAUGCCAAACCUUGUGCCACCCGUGGUUACCGUCGACCGUGCCCUCGAUUACAAGAAGCGCCUACAGGCCAUUGAGCCAAACGUAAACUUCCUCAUGUCAUUGUACCUCCACGAGGAUGUGACUCCUGAAACCAUCAUCGAAGCCAAAAAACGAGGCAUCACCGGUGUCAAAAGCUAUCCCGCCGGUGUAACAACUAAUUCCUCCUCCGGCGUGGUGGACUAUACUGCAUUCUAUCAUGUCUUCGAGGAGAUGGAACGUCAAGACAUGAUCCUAAACCUCCAUGGAGAAGUGCCCUCAACGGGCGACGUGACAGUCCUCUCGGCAGAAGAACGUUUCCUCCCCACAUUACGGCAACUGCAUGAACGUUUCCCGAAGCUUCGAAUCAUCUUGGAACAUUGCACUACUGCCGCUGCAGUAGAAGCCGUCAAAAAAUGCGGUCCAACAGUGGCUGCCACGCUCACAGCGCAUCAUUUGUCUAUAGUUGUUGAUCACUGGGCGGGAGAUCCAUUCUGUUUCUGCAAACCCGUCGCCAAGACUCCCGCCGAUCGUGACGCCCUCCUGCGAGCGGCGGCGUCUGGCAACCCCAAGUUUUUCUUUGGUUCUGACAGUGCGCCUCACCCAGCAGCUUCCAAACGGGGAGGUGAUAAGAUCGCAGCGGGUGUGUUCACUCAGCCAUACACUACCCAAGUCGUUAUCGAUGCUUUCGAACAAGCUUGUGAAAAUGGCGUUCUGAAGGAGGAGGAUAUUACCCCCGAGAUUGUGGAAGGUUUUAUGAGUAGAUUUGGUCGAGAGUUUUACGGCCUUGAGAAGGAGCAGAAGGAAUUCAUCACCCUCGAAAAGAAAGACGAAAAGAUCGCGGUCAUUUUCCAAUCAGAUAAAGUGGACGUGGUCCCAUUUAGAAGGAACCAGGAGACGUGGAGCAUUACCUGGUCCACGUAG